AUGGUGGUGGAUACUAGAGAAACAUUCGAAGAUUAUGAUAUCUUCGAAAGUUGUUUGAACAUCCUUUGUCAUGAUCGGGUAUUUAAAGUGAGAAAGAUUAAUGACAUUGACCUAUUGCUAAGGAGAUUAAAGAGGAAUCAACCCUCGAUUGUCAUUGCUCGUGAAUCCAAUCAUUUUUUGCUAGCUCAACUCCUAAAGUCUAUUGACACUGAUGAUAAUGGUGAUGUUGUGUACUACGAUGCAGAGUUUCUUAUUGCUGGAUAUAACAUUGUUGAUGGGCUACAAGUAUUCGGAAUUGCUUGUAACGACCAUGGUGUUCCGGCUUCCUUUAAAAACUUCAAAGUAGGGAUGAUAGGAAGUGGAUCAGAUGUUUUACAACCCGUAGUGGAGAAACUUUAUGAAGAUUUCUCAAAAAAUAAUACUAAAAAGGUGAAGAAGGAACCCAUUGUAGCCUCUUCAGGAUUUCUUCGCCGCGUUGUUUGUCAAGCGAGUUGUAAUGACCCCUUCUUUGGGGAAAGAGUUAAAGGCUAUCAUAUCGGGCCAGCUAGUAGCGCUGAUGAAAUUUUUGAAGAUGAAGUCAGCAACAUUGAAAAACUUAAUGAGGAGUUUUACAAGAGAGGAAUGCCUGCUAUCAUUAAGAAUGUUGAAAAUCUCAAUGAUGCAUUGGAGAAAGUGGUCUUGGAAGAUGGGCCUCUGCCUCCUUGGAUUUCAUUUAAAGCUUGGGUUGACUAUCUGAAACUCAAUGGUCUGAAGAUGCAAAGACAGUAUGUAGAUGGGGCAGAUUUCAUUUGA